AUGCGGGCACAGCGUGUAAUGCGCGCUGGUUCGCAAACAACAUUACCGUUUUCUGUAGAAAAACUUCGCUCUUCUUCUUCAAAACGAAAGCUUUCUGAAGCAACUGACUCAGACGAAUGCGAAGUUGAACAUGCUCCCAAGUCGCUUUCUGCCUUAAAAAAGAAACCAAUUCUUCAGGAUACUCCGAAUUCUUCGCAUUCCUGCCCAUCUAUACCUUCAACGGAUCCUGUGUCAGCAAAGCAUCCAUUAGAAUUUAUUUUCUCGUCUCUAGACAUUUGUUGGAAUUUUCAUAUUUCCAUUAAUACAAAGCCAACAUUCCACCUUUUACAACAAAAGGUUUCUUCGUCUACAAAAUCCUCAUUCCACUUGUCUCAUCUUGCGCAAAUCCUUACAAUUUGGUCGGAUGCAUAUCGAUUACGGCCAUGUAUUUCGCAACACCAGGGUCGUCGAAUUGCUACUUAUGAGCUCCAGUCUCCAUCUCAAAAACCAUCCGAUGCAACCUCUUCUCGGUUACAGGAAUUUCAUGACCGUCUCGUAAAGUACCUUCAGACUCACCCUCAAAUCCAAGAGAUUCCCGCGGCUCAUCUUCCUCCUUUGCCUAAUUUAAAUUCGCGUGAUCCUAAAACACCGUCUUUAACUGACUUGCUUCAUUUAAAAAAGUCUGCAUCUCCCACGAAGAAAACUGCGGGUUUGCAAUCCGAAGAGAAAGGUGAAUACAACCAUGAUGAUUCAGAGCAAAACCCCUCUUCUUUUGAGAAGCAAUUAGAAUCAUCUGUUACUCCCGUUGCUUCCAAAUCCUCGAUAAAAUUAAAAAGUCAUAGUACAUCUGGUGCCGCUCCGAAGAAAGAAAACUCGGCGCAGUUAUUUUUGCGGCAGUCUUCACUUUUUGAUCGUGUUCGCAAGAAGCAACAGGUUGCAGAAGCUAAGAAAGUUGAGCUAAGUAAAAAGGACCCUGUCUCACAAAAGCUGGUAUCUGAGAAAGUUUCAUUGGUCCGAGUCGUUGACCUUAUUUUUGUUCAGCUUUCGACCUGGCCUUCAAAACGUUCAUUUUCUAUGACGGAAUUGGUCUCCAGUAUUCAAAAGUCCAUUUCCUAUAAUAUGUCUUCUAAGGAAUGUAUUGACAUGGUUCAAUUGCUUUCUUCUACUCUCCCUUCAUGGUGUUCUAUCCACAAUUUAGGAAAUGUUCAGGUGGUCACUUUUGCUAAAACGGUUCAAGGGAAGCCUUACCUUCGCUCUCAAGUUCUUUCUGAAUUAAACCAGCAAAUUCAUGAAUAA